AUGUCACUAUUUUCAUCUUUUAUCCCUAUUUUCUUGUGUCUUUUUUGCUUAAUAGUUUGUUCACAUGCUAUAAGCAAUAGUUUUAGUGUUGAACUCAUUCAUCGUGAUUCUUAUAAAUCACCACUCUACAAUCCUACCCAAACAGAAUUCCAAAAAACUAUCAAUGCUUUACAUCGUUCUACCAACCGUGUCAACUAUAUCAAUAAGAGAAUUUCUUUUACUCAGAACAAACUUGAGUCAUUUUUGACCUAUGAUGAUGGUGAAUAUCUAAUGAGUUAUUUCGUAGGUACUCCACCAUUUAAGGUCUAUGGUAUUUUGGAUUCAGGUAGUAACUUAAUUUGGAUUCAAUGUAAGCCUUGUAAUAUAUGUUACAAUCAAACUUCUCCUAUUUUUAAUCCUUCAAAAUCUUCGAGUUACCAAAAAAUUUCAUGUUCUUCUAGUAGAUGCAAAUCUAGGGAAGAAGAUAUAUCUUGUUCUAAAGAUAAAGAUUCUUGUGAAUAUACAUUAGAUUAUGGGCGUGGAGCAAAAACCCAAGGAGAUCUUAUUUUAGAGACAAUUACAUUACAGUCCACAUCCGGAUCUACUGUCUCAUUUCCUAACAUUGUUAUAGGAUGUGGACACACUAAUAAUUUGUCGUAUACUGGAAAAAGUUCAGGUGUAGUUGGCCUUGCAAUUGGGAGUACGUCACUUAUAAAACAAUUAGGAUCUUCCAUAAAUGAAAGAUUCUCAUAUUGUUUAAUUGAUUAUAGAAAUGCUAAUCAAUCUAGCAAGCUCAAUUUUGGAGAUGCUGCCAUUGUUUAUCGAAGUGAUGUUGUUUCAACUCCUAUAGUCAAAAUGAUAGGAAACAAUCAAACUGAUUAUUACUAUCUACAUUUGAAAGCAGUUAGUGUGGGAAGUAAAAGAAUAACGUACAGUGGAUUUAAACUUAAAGGGAUAAAUGCUUCUACACAUAACAUCCAACUUGACUCUGGUACAACCGUAACUUAUGUUCCCCGUCAUUUUUACCAUAGGUUAGAAUCAGCGGUUAAAAAAAAGGUUAAACUAGUGCGUUUUCACGAUGAUAGUGGUUCGUUUAACCUUUGUUAUAAUACCACAUCCAAACAACCCACAACUAAGCAAUCAAACUUUCCGGUAAUUAUUGCACAUUUUAGUGGAGGAGAUGUUAAGUUAGAUCCUAAGGGCUAUUUUUUAUCUUUAUAUGAAGGGAUUGAAUGCUUUUCUUUUUUCCCAAUUAAAAGUGAUCUCGGCAUCAUGGGAAACACUUUACAAGUGAACUAUUUAGUUGGUUAUGAUCUAAAAAAUAAUAUUGUUUCGUUCAAACCUACCGAUUGUUCUAAGUAUUGA